CUGACAUGGAGGAAACGCCGAAGACCGGCGGCAAACACCAGAAGGUCAAAUUGAACGAAAUCAAUUCGUACCUGACCUGCCAGAUAUGCAAGGGUUACUUGAUCGAUGCCACCACCAUCUCGGAAUGCCUGCAUUCAUUCUGUCGGAGCUGCAUCAUAAAGUUCCUGCAGGACAAGAGCCACUGUCCCGUCUGCGAGGUGAUCAUAAACAAGGCCAAACCUAAUCUGAAAUUGGAUAAAGCUCUGCAGGAUAUAGUUUAUAAGCUUGUGCCGGAGUUAUUCCUGAAGGAGAUGCACCGGAGGCAAACAUUCUAUGCUGAGCAUCCCGAUUUGGCGGCGCGCGUCAAUCCAGAGCAACGCGGAGAGGACACGGAAAGGACGAUUUUCAAUCCUCGCGAUAGCUUCAGCCUUUGCAUCGAAUACACCAGCGACGACUCAACGCCUGGCGCUAUCCUUGUACCGGCGGACAUCAGGAUGACCGCCGAGGCGAAGAACAACCUCCAGAAGGAAGCGGAGUCACCGAUGCGCCGCUUCCUCCAAUGUCCCGGCAUGUUCCGCGUGGAUAUCCUCAAGAAGUGGGUCCACAACAAGUACAAUGUCGACACAAAAAAAUUCCACAUUGAUAUCCUCUACAAAAGGGUCCCUCUACCUGAUCACUACACCCUAAUCGAUAUAGCCUACAUCUAUUCUUGGAAGAGGAAUGAACCGAUGAAAUUCUUCUUCCGCAUCACCGAUAUCAAUCUGGCGAAGGACCGUUUCGAUUAUCUGGAACCGGCAUCGGAGCGCCAACCGACUCCCACGCCGACGCCUCCACCGAAGGAGGAGAUCAAACCUAGUCAAAAGCCUGAGUCAAAGAAGGAGUCUGAUAAGAUCGUCGUGGAAACGGAGAAGAUCAAGGAACCUCUCAAAAACGGCAACAAGAUCAAGACUCCGGUCUUCACGAACAUCACGCUGAACCGAUCAAACAACGUGGAGAUCAUCACUAAGAUCCAGAAGGUGUCCAACAAGAACGGUCAACCGAUCGGCCUGAACAUCAUCAAACAGACAGUGAAAAAACCCAAGGCCCCGUCCAGUGCGAAAAAGCAGAGCAAAUGUGAUAAUAAAACCUCUAAUAAUAAAAAGCAGGAAGUGAAAAGUGAACCACCCAAAGUGACUGCAGUUGAACCUUCACCUCCAAAAACAACAACACCUCUUCCUCCAUCGCCUACUCUUACUGCUGCAACCACCCCCAGUGAACCUCAGAAAGAACCAGUGAAAACCACGAUGGAAUUGGACGAUGAGAAGGAGCGUUUCCUCAAAUCGAUCGAACUGACCUCGCGUAGUGUGCUCCAGACGAUCGCGCAAACCCAGAAAAGUGAACCCGCCCCUCACCUCAAACGUAAACUAUCCUCAAGUCCUCGCGGCGGUAGUGAUAAACCCAAGAAACCGAAAGUCGAAAGGAAAACGCCGGCUAAGAAAACGAAAGCCGCUUCUUCGCCAAAAUCGGAGAAGAAACCCGCGCAAUCAACGACCGCCUCCGCGACGACAACAGCAACAGUUCCCUCGGAAAAUUUGAAAUCGCUCCUGAACACCUGCAAAAUCCCAUCGUCACUAUCAAUCACGUGCGUCAACGGUGAUAAAGAGAUGCAAGUGAAACCGAACGUGAACGUGGUGAAUCACAUCGAGAUCCUCAAACUGCCCGAUCCCAAGAUGGAAAUCGACGAGGAUAAGCAGAAACUGGAAUUGGAAAAGGUGGGAACGACGAUGCAACCUGCCAAAAUGGACGAAGUGAAGAAAGAACCGGACACGAAGAGCAGCGAAUUAUCCAUAACAAUCACAAUAGAGAAUCCCAAUGAUAAAGCCUUAGAUUCGAAACCAAUCGGAGUCCAUCCGAAUUUACCUAUGAUUCUACCUCCAACGGGAAGUAGUCACAGCACCACCCCACGUGGAUUGCCCACUUUCCAGAAGAUGUUUGAAGACACUAUCAAGAAACCGGAGUUCGCGCAGAAAAUACAAAAGUGUCCCAACAAAAAUAAGAAGGGAUCUCCGUCGGAGUCGACGAAUACGAACAACAAGAGGAACAUCUUGGAAAUUGCUUCGAAGUUGAUUAAGAAAACUAAAUUGGAGCAGGAGCAGAAAGACGCGAACGCGAAUGAUAGCAGCAAAGCGAUCAUUCCAAUUCUCAAUACGCAGAAAACGCUGAUGAAGCCGAAGAAGUCUCCGGAAGCGCCGAAGCAUGAACCAGCUCACACUCUGAACAAUCUCCACUCGACCAGUCUCGGAUUAAACUAUUCUAUAUCCGUGAGUCAGCUCUCCGACGACGUGAAAAAGUUGUCAUCACCCACGAAUGUACCUAAAGUUCCUUCACCCAGACCCGCCAUCUCGCCGAAUAUCAAAGUGCCCUUAAGUAUACAAUCGCCGAAAUAUCCUUUACCUUACACGCCGCAACCUGCCCACAAAUCCUCCUUCCCCACAUCCUCAUCAUCGCCCGUAUUACCAGGCGCCCUUCUAAAACCCACGAUCACGACAUCGCCUAAAUCGCAACUGCCUUCCCCCAAACUGCCCCAUCUUCCAUCCCCCAAACUACCGUCGCCCCGCAUCCCCUGCCCCAAAAUCCAUUCACCGCGUACCUCAUCACCGAAACUCCACUCGCCAAGAACCUCCUCAUCCUCCUCCUCGCCCCGAUUACAUUCACCCAAAGUGCACUCGCCCAAGCUGCAUUCGUCCCCGAAAGUUUCCUCGCUUCGACCAUCGACUGCGUCGCCAGACUCGAAGCUUCAAUCGGAGAAGAAACCACCACCACCCGCAUUGGACCCCAAUCAGCUGCAAGAGAAAUACAACCUCCAGAAUCUGGCUCAACUCACAGCGAACCUUAAUUUCAACAUGGCUCACCAAAACAGCAUGGCCUUUCAGCAGGCUAUGAUCCUGAAUCAGCUGGAAUUGCACAACAGGCAACAGAUGCACAACAGGCAUCAGAAUCUGUUCAGCAUGGGGCUGCAAUACGAGAAAUACUUGGCGAGUUUGAACGCCGCCAAUGGACAGAACAAGCUGUUGAACAACAUCAAGGAGAACUGACCCAAAGGGUCGGGUCUCAUCCGUCGGACAACGCAGGGUUAAAUUUGUGAAGCAAUUACAAUCACAUAAAUGUACGAAUCUUCAUUAUUAUUAUUAUUAUUAGCCGAUAAGGCUUUUAAGUCAAUUUAAGUUUACGAUCUUCUCGAUCAGUUAUUAUUAUUU